AUGUCUACGAACUUCUUCUACUACCGAUGUCCGUGUCCUUCGACAGAAUGCAAUGGUGCCAUAUGCAGAUACCAAGAUAUAAUGCCCGGCCCCGUUCCCAACCAAUAUGCUGCUCCGUCCUGCGCCCGUUUUACUCCAGAGAGAAAACUGCUAUCUUAUCAAACGACUCCUAAGGAGUUACAAGGCACGGCUGGGAAAUACGACUCCAUAUCGCCUCCAAUGACGAUUACUCGGGACAACUUUCGCUGGACGCCAUACCCUGCCCAGACUAGGAUAUCGCAAGAGAGACCCGUAACAGUCAAAACGAGCCCUGAAAGAAGUAAGUUGCCAAUGAAACAUUUUCUUAACAAUUUUGAAGUCAUUACGAAAUGGUGAAAUAGUUGUCCCUCGGCCUUCUGCGCCUUAGUUCUCUUCUGGUCACAAUGAAUAACCUCACAUUUCUCAAUAAAAGUACUGCAGAUUUAUCGUAACGGACUCGAACUAAGCCCCACCUUGUAAAACAAAACCUAGCAGAAUCAGCAAAACUUUCUUUUCGAAAAUUCCGGUACAAAAGUGGAUUCAAAAAAAUACCUUUUGGUCGGUCCGUUCCUUAACAUGAACGAUUACAAAAAUGCCAAAACGAAAUCAAAAAUGCUCCUUGAAAAAACGCGAAAUUUUACUCGAAUAAAGAAAUCUGAGCAAAGGUCGAACUAUACUUAACAAAAGUUACUGAACUUCACUGAGAAAUCUGCCAUAACAAGAACUGUAGUCUUAUCAUGAUUAUAUAUUAUAGAAGGUUGACCACCAAGGCAAAUCUAGCUGGAGACAUAUGAAGGUGUUUAACUGUCUGAGUUGUAAAUCCUUUCAGAGAUAUAAUCAUUGAAACGAACGCACCACAGUAUAGUGAAUUUCGCGAGGUGUUAACUUUUUUGGGACAAAAAAAAAAUGAAAUUUGAGGGAACUGAAGGGUUAAGAAUUUGUUGAUUUAAAACAGGACAAAGAAAUAAGUUUUUGUCUAGAGAAGAACUCUAAAAUGUAACAUCGAUUCUUUUACCACUUUCCAGCAGAAAGCCAAAGCACUCCAGCCCAACAAACAGGGCAAAAAUCAGCCGCUCGAAGAUCACGCCGCGUUCGCACAGCGUUUACUCCGUUCCAGCUCCUUUGCCUUGAAACUUCGUUCGAAAAGAAUCAUUAUGUUGUGGGAUCUGAGCGAAAACAGUUAGCCUCCUAUCUCAAGCUAAGCGAGACACAAGUAAAAGUCUGGUUUCAGAACAGGCGAACCAAGUGGAAGAGACAAGCGUUGGAAAACAGACCGGAUCUCAACAAAGACCCGCUAACACCAUGA